UCUUCUCCCAUCACUCCUCGCUGAAUUGUGACGGUCGCCAGAGAUUCUAACCUGCUGCAGGACCGCAUCGCGCCAGACCCUCUCAUCAGAUCAGAUCGCUCUUCGCUCGAUUGCCGGUAAAGUAGUAGUCCAGGAAAAGAAGUGCUCAGUAACCGGGAACUGCUUUUUUCUGCCGUUCCAAACAGUAAAGCGUGGGUUGCUAAGCGUACGCCGUAGUUACAACCGAACUACAGCGCGAACGUCGAAAGCCAUCGGAAGCGAUAUAGAGAACGAGAGAGAAGAGAGAGUUUUAAUUCGUUUAAAGAAAUAUUGUGUUUAAGCGCCUGCCUGACGCGUUAAUUUAAUCAUUUACGUGUAAUAUUUCAUGAGACUUGUAACCGUGUUCCUCUACUGCGGGAGUGUUGAUAGCCGGUGUUGAGGAGAAUCGAAUCGAAAGCCUUUAGCGAAACGAAUCGGACGAAUCGGUUGCGUGCUGGUGACGGGCGCCAUUUCCCUACAAGCUACGGAAUUUUAAUUUGUCCCCUUCGCAUCAGCAUCGGUGGCACAUCUCGAAGCCUUGGAGCACUCGAAGGACAUUGACCCACCGCGAGCCAUCACCGAGAGAUAAAAGACUCUUCAGCAGCAGUUAACGCCUUACUCUUUUCUACGGUUCCUGUGUGUGCCUUGUGUAGUGUGCAGUGGAAGUGUGGAGAUCAAAUUUGUCCGUACCAUCCGAAAGAGGAAAAGAGGUGGAGAGAGAGCAAAGCCAUCGGUGAGCAAGAAGGAUUGAACAAGGACAUUGCCCUCAGGCGCGCAACAGCGACAGUUAGUAGUAUUAGUAGUACUAGCAGAGAGAUAGUUGGUAGAAGAAGGGUGACCAGCAUCAUUCGAUCGAGGACGAAGGUAUGGUGAAAUUCGUUACCCCGGACAACAGUACGAUGACUUCUUCGCUGCGGCACACUGAACAAUACGACAAUUGUUCGGGGCUGCUCAUCGAGUCAGAUGCUACUCCGUUGGAAGAGCUAGAUCCGGCCAUUCUAAGUUGCGGUCUGCCGGCCAUCGUACUUGAUGUUGGCGAAACGUUGAACCUUUCGUCAUCGGACGUACCGACGAUCAUACGCUAUACGGUUGCCCAGUUGCUGGCACUCAGGAAGGCACCGUUUUCGCAUCGCCGGCCGGCCGCCAUCGAUGAUCCGUGCACCGGUGGGUAUCCGAUCUGGCAGCGCAACGGAUUCCGACGGGCGGCCGGAAGUGACGAGGAACUGUACGGUGGUUCCGCUGCCGGACGCAAACCGAACGACCGUCAUCGGGACAAUGGCUUGGUGCCAAGAUUUCGACGGAAUCAUGAGUUUAGCAAUCGGAACCAUCACGUUAUCGUGAAGAGCUACAGUGGCGGUGAUGGUGGUAUCAGUGGGCACCAGAUGCGGCUGCAGGAUACGAUCAUCGAGGAGGAACCGGAAUGGGUUGUGGCCGGGCCCACCUCUCGGCUGGAUACGAUCGAGCUGCGCGGCUUUGAUGACGACAUGAUGCGUAACAUGACGGACUCGCUGAAAGCGACCUCCUAUCCCGUCGCUGCUGGUGGUGGUGGCAGUGGGACACAGAACCAAGCAGCCCAUACCAAGCGGAGUGACUUCUAUGACGAACUGUUGCACUAUGAGCACGUACAUCAGAAGCAGCAGCAGCAGCCCGGUGGAGGAAAGCAUGACACUUCCGGUAGUGGUGGCGACGGUGAGAGUGUGUCCACUUCGAACAACGGCAAUAGCCCACCGCCGGCCCGUAGCACCCCAACGAAGCAUGUGACCGAUCAGAACAACAACAACCAUGGCAAGCCUGGCGCGAUGGCCGGUGGAAGAGGUGGCAGUUCCGCUUCUGGAUCCGGCUACUCCACCGAUGUCAAUGUAUCCAACUUUGAGGAAUUCAUGAAAUUUGAUUCCAUCCUCGGUGACUCGAGCGAUACGGAGAGUUCCAGCUUCAACAAAUUCCUUCGCCGCACCAGUUCAUUCACUGGCAGUGGAUCCGGUGGACAACAGCAUCAUCUUAAUCAGCAACAGCAUCAUCAUCAUCAUCAGCAUCAGCAGCAGCAGCAUAGCCAUCAUCAUGGUUCGCAUCAUCAGCAGCAUCAUGUGCGCUUUGCGCUCGAUCGUAACACGAACCACUAUCAGCGUCCGGCAGGUUCCGGGCGCCUGUCGAUGUCAUCGUUACAGCAUCCUCCUCUGGGGUUGGACGUAGGAUCGGAUUCGUACGAUAGCCAAGCGCCACCUCCGGUUGGGGGGCAUCGUAGCGCCGGCAACGAACCGGUUGGAGCGAAACCUUUCCAGCGUUUAGUCGAGAUGAUGGCCGUUCAAAGUCAGCGUGUGCAGCAUCAGCAGCAGCAGCAGUACUUGAUGCAGUUGCUGCAAAACAACCAGCAAACCGAAUCGCUGCGUCAGAUGCUGAUGAAGAACGCUUCACUGGACGGUCGUCAGCAGGGAAGACAGCAGCAGCACCAGCACCAGCACCAGCAGCACCAGCAACAUCAGGGGCAACGGGUGCCAACACAGCGUGAACUUCAGUUGCACACGCAAUCGAUCAUGAAGAAUGCUCUGCUGCGCAAGAAGAUCGUCGAGCAGGGUCGGAUCAUCCUGGAGCAACAGCAGCAAGGACCACAGGAACCAAUUCCUGCCGUUCAGCAGCUGAUCCAGUCCAUCUAUCCCAACGUGCAGCGCAGUUUAGCCGUUUUGGCCUCCAAUAACAGUGCCAAUCAGCAGCAGCAGCAACACUCUGGUAGUUUUUCCGGAGAAAUGAGAAAUGAAGCUGCCUCAUUCAGCGCGGGAAAUAGUGGUGGCCGUCGCGGUCUAGUGCGAUCGUCAUCUGCUCCCUCGAAUCGGCGUCCUCCGUUUUGAAGGCUCUUCCCACAGCUGAAUAAGCUGGGUGAGGAUGAUUAUGAUAAUGGACUUUUGCUUCCCAAUAAGGUAUUUCCGCUCGAGCUAAAACAACCGAUUUUGCACAUGAUUUGAGGCUUCACAGCUUAUCUCAUUUGUCUUUAGAUCUUCAUGAAUUUCUUUAUACACAGCCCCAGCCAGUGGCACAGAAACCAUUCCACCGAACCACCUGCGUCUGUGUAAUGUCUUAUUCAAUCUCUUUUUUUUUUUAUUAAUCACUUUUCGAUAUUUUACAUUAAAAGAUACACGCGUCGCUCUACCGUGCUUUGCCAUGUUUGUUAGGGUUAGUCCUUUUCUUUUUCGUUUGUACACGAUACGAAUAGCCCCUCUUUCGAGGGCAGGCAGGUAGCAGCAGCAGCAACAGCAGCUCCCCUCCUUCCGUGGGAGCUCGCCACUUUAUGUCGUAAUUGAUAUCAAUCCACCAGUAACGGUGACACGAAACGUGUUGAAAUUUCUCAUAACGGAACAGUGUUAGCCCCUUUUUUGAUCGUUUGAACAAGAAAUAAGAACCCCACCACCAUCUCAAGUAGUCUAUCGUCCGCUUCUUGCAGACCGCGACCUCGAGUUUGCGUUCUAAUGUUUCGAGACAGAUUCCUUGGUUCCGGCGUGCGACAAACUGCGACUCGUUAACACCGCGGGACCACGUGUUAAUCGGGUACGUUAACUCUCCACCGCCGGACAGAUUAGUGCUUGUGCGUAGUUUUAAUCUGUUUUCCUUUUUUUUACGAUUCAUGUUUGUUCAACAUUGGGCCCUAAAGCAAGCUAGCUUCCGGUUGAGAGAAUGAAAACGGAGAAAAACGAGUUAGUUAUAGGACGAUAAGGCCAGUUCCAUAGUAUAGGAAGCAUUAGGCGAUCGUGUGGACAAUGACAGCAUCGCCAGCAGAUGCACAUUGUUUUAUUCUAGUAUGAUCGUUUGUCAUCAGUUGAUUUCGAUGCUUAGAUAGGGGCCAGUGGCCUAACAGAGCUUAUCGCUUGCGCAUUAUUUGUAAAGUUAAAAUAUUUGUUCUCAGCUGCCCAAAGCUGCGGCUGCGAUUUCGUGAAAGCAAUGUACUAGACCCGGAUCCUCGAUAUAUCGACGGACUCGCGAAUGCGACAUGAUGAUGAUGGUAAUGAUUAGGAAGAACGAGAAAAGAAUCAUUUCGCGAAAUUAUGAAAUAAUCUUUGUUUAGUUAAUGUUCAAACUAGGUGGAUGGAUUUGGUUUCAAAUAAAUAUGAUUAUAUGUGUUUUUGCAGAAA